AAUUUCGAUGUUGAGUUUGUAUCAAAUUCGUAUUCACCGUCCUUAAAAAACGUAACAUGCGGUGUAGUAUAUCUUUCACAAUGUAAUUAAUGAAAGAUAGCAAAAGAGAAUAUGUAACUGCUAGUAUGCUACAUUUCACUCUUUGCUAUCUUGGUCCUAUAAGGUGAUGAUGACACCAACCCUAGAUUAACUAUUCGAAGUAAUCAUUGUUAGUAUCGACCAAUCCAAUUGAGACACACCAUAUAACCAAACCACCACAUGACAUAAUCCCAAAAGAAAAAUUAAAAGAGUUUGUCUCUUUGUCCCCUAAAGAAAACAAAAACCUUAGUAAAAAAUGUAACGCUUCUCACUUGAGCAACUCAAAUUAACACAAUCCCAUCACAAUGACGACUAGUCUCCACUUUCCGAUUACCUUGAAACUCAUUAUCUCUAGCUUAGCAUCUCUCGUCGUGAUCACUCUCUUCUUCAUCACCAGAACCGAUUUCUCACCGUCUUCAUUUCAGCCAGCGCCGGCCAAAACUAUCCAGAUCUCCAGCUCCUCCACCAGAACUAAAGAACAGAGCGCAGACUCCGUGAGUUGCGGUAAGAUCCUUCCUUCGCUUGCCGACGCUCUCAUCCACUACGCCGCCUCCAACGUCACUCCUCAGCAAACACUCUCUGAAAUCUCCGUCACCAAGAAGGUCCUAGACAAAGCAUCGCCAUGCAACUUUCUUGUGUUUGGUCUUGGCCACGACAGCUUGAUGUGGGCGUCACUAAACCACGGAGGAAGAAGUGUAUUCUUAGACGAGGACGAGUCAUGGAUACGCCAGAUCGCCGAGGAGUUCCCUUCUCUGGAAUCGUACCACGUACGGUACGAGACCAAGGUAAGAGACGCGGAGGCUCUGAUGUCGGCGGCGAGAGAUAGGGAGGAGUGCCGUCCUAGCGUGUCGACGGAUCUCAGAGUUUCCAAGUGCCAGCUUGCUCUGAAGGGCUUACCGGAGGUGGUUUACGAGACGGAGUGGGAUUUAAUCAUGGUGGAUGCUCCGACGGGGUUUCACGAAGAAGCUCCGGGGAGGAUGUCGGCGAUUUACACGGCGGGGAUGCUCGCGAGGAGCCGAAGAAGAGAGACGACGGCUAUUUUUGUGCAUGAUGUGGAUAGGACUGUGGAGGAUGAGUUCUCUAUGGCGUUUUUGUGCAGAGAUUACAUGACGGAGCAACAAGGUAGGCUCCGCCAUUUUACGGUGCCUAGUCAUCGGAACUAUAACAUCUCCGACGGUACAUUCUGUCCCUAAUCCGCUGUCGAUAAAAUAUUAUUUUUAUUCAAAUAGUAUUUUUAUAUUUCACUUUUAGUAUCAGUUUGUAAAACAAAACUAGUAGAUUUGAGCUGGACUGUUUGGUGAUCAAAUUUGGACCGUUUGGUGAUACUUUCAACGUUUUCAAAACGUUCCAAAAGUAAAAACAUUGAUAUAUAAAUAAAUGGUCCGAUUUAUUACU